UGAUAACACUAAUGCAGGAGGCGAAACUGCCUACGGCCAAGGCGUAUACCGAGCUGGCAUGUAGGUAUGCGAAACUCGGCGAUAUUCCAAAUCUGGUAAAAAUAUUAAACGAUGAGCCGCAGGACAACGCAAAUCUUUUGAGGAUAAUAAAGAUUCUGAGCAUGUCCAGCAACAGCCGGCAUAUCCCGGUUAUCUUGAACUUUCUAAUGACUUCAGAACCAACGGUUGAGUUCGAAAUCUCCAAGAUGAUCGCGGAAUUGAUACGUGCCGAUCAGGUCGCAGACGCUCACAAUAUCAUAAAUUAUCUCACGAUGAACGACGCGACGAAGGACAUCGCGCGGAGUCUUCUGCAGCCGACAAGCAUUGACCGAUGUAGGGCA